CACGCCAACUCCGGACGAACCUCAUCUUCUCAGCUGCUCCACUUUCUUUCUGCCCAAGGAAAAAGAAGAAGAAAUCAUUCCACCCCAUUUCCUCCCUCGAAAUGGGUUGUCUAGUUGGGGCGCCAGCUCUUGGAAUCAAGGUUCUGGGAGUUCCAGAGAUGGCUCCGUCGAUGCUGCUUUUCCGUGGCAGAGUGUUUCGAAGCUUUAGAGUUUCAGCAUCAUCCUCGUCGCCGCACUCGUCCACAGAGUCAAUUCGAGUGCGCUUCGCACCUUCUCCUACCGGGAAUCUCCAUGUCGGGGGUGCGCGCACUGCACUCUUCAACUACUUGUUCGCCAGGUCUAAAGGCGGCAAAUUUGUGCUCCGAAUUGAAGACACCGACUUAGAAAGAUCCACUAAGGAGUCAGAAGACGCUUUGCUUCGUGAUCUUUCCUGGCUUGGUCUAGAUUGGGAUGAAGGCCCCGGUGUUGGUGGGGAUUAUGGUCCCUACCGGCAGUCUGAAAGAAACGCCCUUUACAAGCAGUAUGCCGAGAAACUCCUGCAAGCUGGUCAUGUUUAUCGCUGUUUCUGCUCAAACGAGGAGCUGGAAAAGAUGAAGGAGAUUGCGAAACUGAAGCAGCUCCCUCCUGUGUACAGUGGCAAGUGGGCCAAUGCAACAGAGAUGGAAGUGCAAGAGGAGCUGGAAAAAGGGACACCUUAUACUUAUCGAUUUAGAGUUCCUACGACAGGAAGUUUGACAAUCCACGAUCUCAUCCGUGGUGAGGUAAGUUGGAGUUUUGACACACUCGGAGAUUUUGUGAUUAUGAGAAGCAAUGGGCAACCUGUUUACAAUUUUUGUGUAACUGUCGAUGAUGCUACCAUGGCUAUAUCACAUGUUAUAAGAGCAGAGGAACACUUGCCAAAUACUUUGAGGCAAGCUUUGAUAUAUAAGGCUCUGGGAUUCCCAAUGCCUAGAUUUGCACAUGUUUCUUUGAUUCUUGCACCUGAUAGGAGCAAACUGUCAAAACGGCAUGGGGCAACUUCAGUGGGUCAGUUCAAGGAGAUGGGUUUUCUGCCUCAAGCAAUGGUGAACUAUCUCGCAUUAUUGGGCUGGGGUGAUGGUACCGAGAAUGAAUUUUUUACCCUUGACCAGCUUGUUGAUAAGUUCAAAAUUGAGCGUGUCAAUAAAAGUGGAGCUGUUUUUGAUUCUGCCAAGUUAAGGUGGAUGAAUGGACAACAUUUGAGAUCCCUUCCAUCAGAAGAACUAACCAAGCUUAUUGGUGAGCGUUGGAAAAGCACUGGCAUGGUCAUGGAGUCAGAGGGGAGCUUUAUACAAGAGGCUGUCCAGCUGCUGAAGGAUGGGAUUGACUUGAUAACAGAUGCUGACAAUGCUCUUUCAAGCCUACUGUCGUAUCCCUUAUAUUCAACACUCUCCAGUCCGGAAGGUAAGCCUGUAUUAGAAGAUAAGUUGUCAGAAGUCGCUGCGAAUUUGCUAGCUGCAUAUGACAGUGGAGACUUAAGUAGUGCACUUGAAGAAGGUAGUGCUGGGUGGCAGAAGUGGGUGAAGAGCUUUGGCAAAUCACUGAAACGCAAGGGAAAAUCUCUCUUCAUGCCUCUUCGAGUUUUGCUGACGGGAAAGCUCCAUGGUCCUGAUAUGGGAGCAGGUUUACUUCUGGUCUAUAAAGCUGGAAGAUGUGGAGUGGUAGCACCUAGAUCUGGGUUUGUUACAUUGGAUGAGAGGUUCAAAAUGCUUCGAGAAAUCGAAUGGGAAUCGUUUGGUAAGGAUAAUCCUGCCGUGGAGUCUGCUGAAGCUGUUCCUGUGUCUAAUUGAAAUUGGCCUGCCUUUGUCAUGCUUUCCUCCCUUCUCACUCCCUUUCCCAGUGGGAAGUAAUGGAUAAGAUGGUUUUGCCUCAAUUGCCUUUUACAGAAGCAGGUGGUAGAGUUGCGUGUCUCCAUGUUUAGAGCAGUUGGAGAUCUGUAGCCUAGAUUUCGAUAGUGGGUUCCGUUUUCGGGAGAAAUGGGGAUCUUUACUUGUAUAAAUAUUUUGUGAUCCGAAAUCCGUUGAGCAGCAUUUUAAUUUUACGGAAAUGUACGCAAUACUUGUUUGCUAUCAUUCUUGUUACUGAGAAUGUAACCAAUUCCUGCCCUAUGUUUGGGCUUCUUUUUAGGUUGUAUUGGAAUAUUAUGUUUUAUGGAAAAUGGUGCUUUUUGGAAAUUAA